CGCCGCCGCCGCCGCUCCGCCGUCUCCACCCAAUUGCAUCUGCUCGGCGCUCCAAGCCACCAUCAUGUCCGGCCGCGGCAAGGGCGGGAAGGGUCUGGGCAAGGGCGGCGCCAAGCGCCACCGGAAGGUGCUGCGGGACAACAUCCAGGGCAUCACGAAGCCGGCGAUCCGGCGGCUGGCGCGGCGGGGCGGCGUGAAGCGCAUCUCGGGGCUCAUCUACGAGGAGACCCGCGGCGUGCUCAAGAUCUUCCUCGAGAACGUCAUCCGCGACGCCGUCACCUACACCGAGCACGCCCGCCGCAAGACCGUCACCGCCAUGGACGUCGUCUACGCGCUCAAGCGACAGGGCCGCACCCUCUACGGCUUCGGCGGCUGAUCUGCUGCUGCUGCUCCGUCCAGUCUCUGCCAGCUGCUGUUCCAUCGGUCUGUGUGGUAGUGGACGCCAUGAAUAUGAAUGCAAUGAAAUCAGAGUCGGCAUUAGUUAUCUUGGACGCAUCUCUCGAUAUGUUUCUGUAAGCUUGUUAAAUUCUUCCCAGCAAGAAAGAUUAGGAGAUAAUCUACUAGCUGAGGUAAAUAUCGGAAAUUCAUGAAUCAA